CCCCCGCCGGACCGGCCCCGGGCCCCGCUGCGGGCGGCGGCGGCGGCCUCGCCCGGCAGCUCCGGGCCCUCGGCCUCAAGCUGCGGGAGGUGCCGGGAGAUGGGUGAGCGCCGCGACGGGUGACCCCAGCAGCCCCGGGGAUUCUCCGGACAUCCAGCCCUGAAGGCUGAGGGCUUCCUCCUCCCCGGGGGAUGUGAGCCCCUGUCCCGGGGGCCGAGGAUUUUCCCGUCCCGGCGGCGUGGGCCCUGCCCUGCUCUGCUCGGGGCUGAGGGAUCCCCGGUGCCCUCAGGGAUCUCCGCUGCUCUCGGCGCUGCUGUAGGGCCUGGGGCUCGGCCCGUCCCAGCCCGGGUGCCCAGCGGAACUGGGCACAGGAAGGUCCAUAAAUGUUCUUACGGAAUGCUUUCACCCCCUUCUUUUCUAGAAGGUGAAAGGUAGCAAACGUUCCUGCUGAGAAGUUGCUCGGUGGGGCGUUUGUUUGUCCUUACUGCUCUGUGUCCCUUGUCAGUGCGGGGCAGCUUGGCCCAGCAGCUUUACCACGACACGGGCGCUCAGACCCAGCCGUUCCAGCAGCAGCCGUUCGAGGCCCGGGGAACGAGCGCUCCUCUGCCUCCACAGCCUUGCUCAAGUGGGCAGAGUGAGCACAGCCUCUUUCCCCGUGACCUGUGUUCCUCCUGCUCCUCAUCUCCCUGCGCAGGAACUGCUUGUUCCGGGCCCUGGGGGACCAGCUGGAGGGGCACUCCCGGAACCACCUGCGGCACCGCCAGGAGACCGUGCAGUUCAUGGUGAGGCAGCGGGGCGACUUCGAGCCCUUCGUGGAGGAUGAUGUGCCCUUUGACAAACACGUUGCCAAUUUGGCCCAGCCUGGUACUUUUGCUGGCAACGAUGCUAUUGUGGCCUUUGCAAGGAACAAUCAAGUGAAUGUGGUUAUUCAUCAGUUCAACACUCCACUGUGGCAGUCCUUCCUUCCCGGUGUUUGCCAUUGCUGCAAAAACGAAUACUCGGAAAAACCGGGCGCCGAGGGCGAUUCCAAACGCUCACUGCCGUCUGUUUGUUUGUUUUGUUGAGAUCCGGGGCACGGGCAGGAGCGAUGCCCGGGAGCUGCACAUCGCCUACAGGCACGGCGAGCACUACGACAGCGUCAGGAGGCUCAGCGACCACUCGGAGGCGCCGGCCUGCCUGCGGAUGGAGAUGCUUUGCAAGAACGAUUCAAAUAAGGCAGAGGAAGUGAAGCCACAGAAGGGCAACUCUGAAGAUGAGACUGAGGUGGAUAUGGAAGAUGCUGUACAAAAAGUGUGCAGUGCAACUGGGUGUUCAGACAUGGAUUUAGUAAGCCACAUUCUUGAGGUGGAGGACUACAACGUGGAAUCUGCAAUAUUUGCCAUCUUGCAGAUGAAGGAAGGGGAAGGAAUAGGUACUGCGGAGCAGCAGGAGCCCCUGGGCAGGGAGCAGAAAUCCGGCAGCAGGACACUGUGGGAAGAGAACGGAACUGGUUCAAGAAUCUUUGGAAAUCAGAGCUUGCAUCAAGGUGAAGUAGAAAACAACAAGGGUCAAGCUGGAUCCAGGGAAGAGAACCGAGCCAGCAGAAACCCAAAGGUGGCCAAGAAGCAAAGGAAGGAGCAGCAGCGGCUGGAGAAGAAGAAGCGGCAGGAGGAGAGGCACCGGCAGAAGGUGCUGGCCACCAAGGGGGACAGUGCAGACACCAGCACAGAGACUGACCCAGCCAGCCACGUCACCCUGGUGAAGGCCAUGGCAGCCCUAAACAUAUGACUCAGUGCUCUGAUGAGAAAAGCAAAUAAAACUGAUGAAGACAAUAUUCCCCCAGGAGAAUUUCCAGGCACCCAUGGUUAUCUUAAAGUCCAUCUCUGCUGGGGUUUCCAAACACAAGAGAACUUCCUCUUCCUUUGCUUUGGGGAGGACAAUUGCUCAUUGAUUCUGCAUCAGUCUGUGGUGAGAAGAGUUGUUUAAUCUUAACAGGAAGUAGAGACUUGGGUCUAUAUCUUGUAGUUACAUGAAGGUGAGGACCUUUUCUUCACACAACGGUGUCAGAUUUGUUUUGACAUCUCUUGAUGUGCCUGGUUUUGUUUCAUUGGGUUUUUUUUCUUUUAUUUGGUUAUGCCUGGAGGAGCUUUAUUUUACCUUGUUGUCAGGGAAAGCUUAACAAAUCUCAACUCAGGAAUAUCUCUGGUAGAUCUUUUUCUAUUUAAAUUCAAAUAAAGUAAGGGAACAGAGUCCCAGAAUCUUU